GAAGUUGAGAUUCUUGACAUCAGUACCAUUAGAGACACCAGAACAGGAAAGUUUGCCAAAAUUCCAAAGGACCUGAGGGUGCGUGAGGUGCUGGGCUUCGGUAAAGUGGGGGGCGUGGAGUUGAAGCUGGUGACUGUCGUCCACGGCAACGACCUGGUCAACAUCUCCUUCCUCAACUUCCAGGCCAUGCAGGAAGAUAUAGCAAAGAUAUGGACAGAGGAGCUGUUUAAGCUGGCAACUAAUAUUCUCUCCCAGAAUGCACCACGUAAUUCCUUCUUACUGAAAGCGUACACUAAACUAAAACUGCAGCUCAAUCCUGAUGGAAGGAUCCCAGUGAAGAAUAUUCUGAAGAUGUUCUCAGACAAGAAGAGAGUGGAGACAGCCCUCGAGCAGUGUGGUCUACUGUCCAACCGGACAGAGGGCAUUAAGCCAGAUGACUUCUCGUGGGAGAUGUUCCAGAACUUUAUCAACACUCUCUGUCACCGACCAGAAAUAGACCGCAUCUUUGUAGAUCUGGGAUCUAACGGGAAGCCCUUCCUGUCUCUGGAGCGUCUGACUGACUUCAUCAACCGGCGCCAGAGAGACUCCCGUCUGAACGAGGUUCUGUACCCGCCCCUGAAGAGGGAGCAGGUCCGCCAGCUCAUGGAGAAGUACGAGACCAACACCAGCCAGCUGGAGAGAGACCAGAUCAGUCUCCUGGGGUUCAGCAGAUUCCUGGGGGGGGAGGAGAACACCAUAGUCCCCCCUGAGAGACUCGACAUCAUAGACGACAUGAACCAGCCUCUGGCUCACUACUUCAUCAACUCCUCACACAACACGUACCUGACAGUGGGCCAGCUAACAGGGUUGUCGUCGGUGGAGAUGUACCGGCAGGUUCUGCUGACCGGAUGUCGCUGCAUUGAGCUGGACUGCUGGAAGGGCCGCCCCCAGGACGAGGAGCCAAUCAUAACUCACGGCUUCACCAUGACCACCGAGAUACCCUUCAAGGAGGUGAUAGAGGCCAUAGCUGAGAGUGCCUUCAAGACCUCCCAGUACCCCCUCAUCCUGUCCUUCGAGAACCACGUCGACUCAGCUAAGCAGCAGGCCAAGAUGGCGGAGUACUGUCAGACCAUCUUUGGAGACGCCCUCCUCAUCGACCCUCUGGAGAAAUACCCGCUGACCCCAGGCCAGCCCUUGCCGUCCCCCCAGGAGCUUCUGGGGAAAAUCUUGAUCAAGAACAAGAAGAAGCACCACCACCGCCCGACCAGCGGGGGCAGCAUCCGCCGCCACGCCGACCCCCUGGAGCAGGCGUCGCCUAGCAACGAUUGCCCUUUGACGGAUGGGGAGGCGGGGCUGACGCUGUCCAAUGGGGAGGAGAAGCUGCCUGAGGGGCUGGUCAAGGAAUGCGAACCCCGCAAGUCGAUUGGAGGAGAGGGAGAGAGCGAGGAGGAUGAAGAAGAUGAACCUGUAACUGAUCUGAAGAAACCAAACUCUGACGAGGGUACAGCCAGCAGUGAGGUGAUGGCUACAGAGGAGAUGUCCACCCUGGUCAACUACAUAGAACCUGUCAAGUUCAAGACCUUUGAAGUAGCCUCCAAGAGGGAUAAGUAUUUUGAGAUGUCUUCCUUUGUGGAAACCAAAGGCAUGGACUCAUUGAAGAGCUCCCCCAUUGAGUUUGUGGAGUACAACAAGAAGCAGCUAAGCCGUAUCUACCCUAAGGGCACCAGGGUGGACAGCUCCAACUACAUGCCCCAGCUCUUCUGGAACGUAGGCUGCCAGAUGGUGGCGCUCAACUUCCAGACCCUCGACCUGCCCAUGCAGUUGAACAUGGGCGUGUUUGAGUAUAACGGGCGCUGCGGCUUCCUGCUGAAGCCAGAGUUCAUGAGGCGGACAGACAAGCACUUCGACCCCUUCACCGAGAACAUAGUGGACGGCAUCGUGGCCAACACCGUCAAGAUCAAGGUGGUAUCAGGGCAGUUCCUGACUGAUAAGAAAGUGGGCGUGUACGUGGAAGUGGACAUAUUUGGACUUCCUGCCGACACAAAGAGGAAGUAUCGAACGCGGCCGUCCAAUGGGAACUCACUAGACCCAGUCUGGGACGACGACAUGUUUGUCUUCAACAAGAUAGUGCUGCCAACCCUGGCCUCUCUGAAGAUCGCUGUGUUUGAGGAGAAUGGAAAGUUCAUAGGUCACCGGAUCCUCCCUGUGUCUGCUAUACGACCCGGUUACCGCUACAUCUGUCUGAAGAACGAGCUGAACCAGCCGCUGCUGCUGGCGUCUGUGCUGGUGUACGCGGAGGCUCAGGACUACAUCCCCAAUGAGCACCAGGAGUACGCUGAAAAGCACAAACCUACAAAGCAUGUGGACCUGAGAGACCGACAGCUGUCUGCCCUUAUGGAGGACAACAGCGAGCGGGUCCCUAACCAGCCCAAGGUGGGGGUGAGGGAGGGGGAGGGGGAGGACCCUGCUCGGCUGGCUUCCCCCAUCCUCGUGCCCCCCGCCCCUCAACGACAUCUACGACAACAUGAACUUACCUCCGCCAGGCCAGAAAGAGGACCUCAUAUCCACAGUGCUGGCAGACCUGCAUGUUCUCUCUGUAGCAGAGCUCCAGGAGCAGAAGUCGUAUCUGAAGCUGUUGAAGAAACAGCAGAAGGACUUCAAGGAGCUGAGAAAGAAACACCUGAAGAAGGUGUGGUCUCUUGGUAAGGAGCAGAGGACUCGGUGUCACCAGCUGCAGUCUGACACGCAGAGACGACGCAGCAAGAUGGAGAAGACCCUCAAACUAAGCAUGAAGAAGAA